AAGCCUGGAGUUGCUUGUGGUCGUUCAAAGACAAUCCUACGUUUCGAACCCAGUCACGGUUCCGACUCAACAUGGUUUCAGCACCCGGACCGAUUAUGGAACUACUCGGCCGCGUUGCCUACGAAAUCGAGGUGAUGCAACCUCUUUUCCCGACCUACCUUCACCUCUUAGUCUCGGCGAUUUUCCCGAUAUACACGGCAGCACACGCCUCACUGUCAAGACCAACUUCAGCGGCGCCACGAAAACGCAAGAAAGGUGUAGCCGAUGAGGAUGAGCGCGAUGAAGGUGAAUCGCAGAAGAUCGAGAGCCUGACACCUUCGGACGCGCUUCUCUUCCCGCUGCUGGCGGGUGCAACGCUGGCAAGUCUGUACUUCAUCCUCAAAUGGCUUCAGGACCCAGCGUGGCUGAACUGGGUUCUUGGCAUCUACUUCUCCCAGAUCGGCUUGUUCUUCGCUAUGAAGUUCCUGAAAGACAUGCUUUCUGUCCUUAGGUCCUUCCUGCUCCCGAAUCAACAUUCCAGCGGAGGCAAGCUGUGGAAAGUCGAUCAACAAGAAUGGUGCUUUAUGACUGAGCGCGGCGAAAAGAGCAACUCCCCUUUCCCAGGAAUGCUACGAUCGAUCCCGCUCCCUGUAUCAAUAUCCAAGCGUAUCUGGAAAUUGAGGGGUCUGCUAUACAAAAAGGCACGUCUGAAUCUCCAUGUCCACGGCCUCAUAACUGUCAAGUCCCCCGUCGAUAUUCUCGACGUGGUCAGCCUGCUGCUCUCCUGCGCGCUCGUCUGCUACCAUGCUUUCGUCUCCAAACCCUGGUUCAUGACGAACUUCCUUGGCUUCUCGUUCUGCUACGGGUCGCUGCAAUACAUGACGCCGACCACGGCCUGGACCGGAACACUUGUCCUAAGCGCGCUGUUUUUCUACGACAUUUACUUUGUUUUCUUCACGCCGAUGAUGGUGACGGUGGCGACAAAGUUGGAUGUGCCAAUUAAACUGCUCUUUCCGAGACCGGAUGGAUGUGUGUUUCCGGUUGGAGCACCCGAUGGGUCAGCUGCCAUGGAAGAAUACUUGCAGUGUCUGGCGAAGAAGAGGACUAUGGCGAUGUUGGGCCUGGGAGAUAUAGUGGUCCCGGGGAUGAUGCUUGCAUUUGCGCUGAGGUUUGAUUUGUUCUUGUUCUAUCUGCAGCAAGGACGCAGAAUCGAGAGAGAUAGCGGGGAGAUGCGAAAACCUGCAUAUAUCAACGCAAAAGGCAACUGGGGUGAGCGGUUCUGGACCGGCUCAAAGUUGUGGACGGAGGAGAUCAAGGCAAAGACGUUCCCGAAGCCGUAUUUCUACGCCACAAUCGUAGGCUAUCUCGCUGGAAUGAUGACCACAGUUGUCGUGAUGCAGGUGGCAGAACAUGCUCAACCAGCGCUGCUGUACCUGGUUCCUGGAGUUCUGCUGUCACUCUGGGGCACAGCAUUGGUGAGGGGCGAUCUAAAGGCUCUAUGGCAUUACUCCGAGGCGCCAGAGGAAGAGAAGACAGAUGGCAAGAAGGAUAGUGAGAAGCACAAGACAGAGUCAGACGCAGAUACCAGCAAAGACCUUGUCAGCAGUGGCGCAGCAGAGAGCGGAGAGGUCGAUCAACCAUCCGAGGAGCACAAGACAAAGUCCAAUUCAGACAAGUCUAAUGACAAAGCCGCGGAGAAGGAGGAAGCUGACAAGCAAUGCCGCCGACUCAUCUAUUUCUCAAUCGUGCUACCAGAACUGCAACACGAAUCAAAGUCCGAGCAGCCUUCUGCGUCGACGACAUCUCAGGCGGACGUUUUUGGUGAUACGUUGAGCGAAGACGCUUGCAAGACCACAGGUGCACCACACGGUAUGGGCGGUGCUACGGGUCAGAGCCGAGGACGAAAAGAUGGAGAGCCCCCUGAAAAGAGGGCCAGACGAGUGUGAACAGGCUAUCUAUCUCUUUCGACAAUUUCGUUUUAUGCAUAGCGAGGUCAGGGUAAAGGUCUCGACAAAGAGCCCUAGGGCAUUCGAAGCAAAGGCGUUGG